AUGGAACUUAACCCCUACGAGGUAUUGAGCAUUCAAAAAGAUGCAAAGAGUGAAGAGAUUCGACGAGCAUAUCGUAAAAAGGCACUACAAUUCCACCCGGACAAAAUCCAGGAUGAUGAGAAAAAGGAAUCAGCGAGAACAGAAUUUGAUAAAAUAGCAUUAGCAUAUGGCAUUUUAAGUGAUGAAAAGAAACGAAAACACUUUGAUACUACAGGAUCUACAAAUUUGAGCGAGGACGGUUUGGAAUUUGAUUGGAAAGAAUGGCUUGAUGAAAUGUACAGCGGAGUUGUCUCCGGAGACACUGUGACCGAGUUUAAAGCUUCCUAUCAGAACUCAGAGGAAGAAAAGAAGGAUGUUUUUGAAGCUUACGAGCGCCGGAAAGGAUCGAUGGAUGGUAUUUUGGAAGAAGUCAUGUGUAGCGAAAUCAGCGAUGAGGAACGCUUUCGAAACAUGAUCGAUGAAGCAAUCUCCCAAGGAGUCAUACCCAAAUACAAACUUUACAAACCAAAUGAAAAGUCCCGUAAAAAGCGUGUUCGUGCAGCUGAAAAGGAGGCCCAAGAAGCUGAAGAAUUGGCGAAAGAACUUGGGCUUGAUGAGAAGCUCAACAAACGAAAAAAAACCGACGAAAGCGGUGAAGAGGCUUUAGGAGCAAUCAUUCGAUCUCGACAGAAGAAUCGGAUAGACGAUAUGAUCACUGCAUUGGAGAACAGAUAUGCCAAACCAAAAUCGCAACCCAAGUCCAAAUCGAAAUCCAAAAAGGUCCCAAAAAAGGAAAAGUAA